AUGGAGAAUUUUGUUUUGUAUGAAAAUCUGGGUAAAAAAGACCAUGUGACAAUCUACAAGGGACGACGAAAGGGAACCAUAAAUUUUGUAGCUAUACAUUGUAUUGAUAAAUGUAAACGUCCAGAAGUCACUAAUACCGUGCGAAUGACCCAUGAUGUAAGCCAUACUAACAUCGUUCAGUUUUAUGAGUGGUAUGAAACCAGUAACCAUCUGUGGCUGGUAGUUGAACUGUGUACAGGUGGUUCCUUGUCUAGUCUGAUCAAACAAGAUGGCUAUCUACCAGAAAGUUCAGUCAGAUCAUUUGGUGUAGAUCUGGUGACAGGCUUACAUUAUAUACAUUCACUAGGGAUCAUAUUUAAUGAUUUACAACCAUCAAAGAUAUUAUUAGAUACAAGUGGAGCUCUGAAAUAUGGAGAUUUUGGUCUCUCGAAGGGAGACGGAGAGAAUUUAGAUGAAUUAUUUCAUGGUUUUGCUGAUGCUGGAGAACAGUGGAAUCCUGAAAAUAUGGAAGAUGUCUAUAAGAAUAUUAAUACUUCUGGAAAUAUUACCUACUCUGCUCCAGAAGUACUUCAAGGGAGAGAACCCAGUGUGUUGAGUGAUCUCUGGUCUUUGGGUUGUAUUUUCUACGAACUCUUCACAGGACAUCCACCAUUUUUAGCAGAAUCUGAAAAUCAACUGAAAGAAAAGAUAAUAAAUCAAGACUUUCCUCUGCCAAAAGUUAGAGGCUCAAGAUUUUCAGCCAAACCCUCUCCAGAUUAUUUAAAUCUUCUGCAAGGUUUAUUACAGAAAGACCCUACUAGAAGGCUUGGUUGGGCAGGACUAGUGAACCAUAGUUUCUGGCAGAACAAACUGGCAGAUUUGGCAAAAGAUUUAACUGUAUCUCAAGAUGUAAACAGAAGUGAGAUAUUUACAGGACGGUCCAGUAUAUUUGAACAUGGUGCCGGAUCAGUACUAGGCAAAAUAAAAGGUGUGGAUAUAAUGACAGACCGACCUACAUCUAGAUUGGAUACUCCUGAUGGCAGACCAGUAUUACGACCUAAAACAGCACCAGGUAUUGACGGUGGUGAAAGUCUCUUUACACUCAGUGCUCGUCCCCAUACAGCAGCACAUGAUGAGAGAAUAGCCUCCCCUUUCCGUACCUUACAAUCACCAUUAACAACCAGAGAAACAAUCAAAACAGACAGAGCUGAUGAUGUCACAGAACAAACAACCAAUGAUCUGUUAGAGAAUAUUUAUCAUCCCAGUGAUUUUAUUAUAACUAACAUCGUAGAUAAUCCGAAGAUCCAGAAGCCUCUAGCUGUUAAAUAUGAUUCUAAAACUUUGCCUGUACCUCCAUAUAAUGUGGAGAAAAUAUUAGGAUUGCCAGAAAAAGAAUUCCAGAAGCAUAUCAAGACAGUUGUAGACAGUAUUAGCCAUGUUGAAAAAGGUCCUCCCUCUCAGAAACGUAUCCAGCUACUUCACUAUACUACAACUAUAACUACAGACAGUAAAAUCAGCUACCAUUUAAUACGUAAUCAGGCUAUAUAUAUAUUAGCUAAACAACUUAAAGAUAUACAACAUGUUGAUGUACGUUUAAAGAUGGCCAGAGUAAUGGCUCUGAUAGCUUUGAAUUGUGGAGAACUGGAGGAUACUGUCAAUAUAUCAGAGCCAGUCACUAUACUGACAGAGAUUAUUCGUGAGAAUGUUAAGAAUAGUAAAUUAAAGUUUGGUUUGUUAACGGCUGUAGGUGAGAUGGUGUAUAGAGUAGCAGUACAGGAGAAGAGUAAAGAUGAAAGCUGUGAAAACUGGUCUAUACCCUCCAUGACUUACAGUGUUAUAUCUAGAUGCUGUAGAGAAGGGGAAGAGGCUGUAGUAAAUCAUGUAGCUGCUAAAACAGUAGAAAAUAUCACUUCAAUUAAAGGUCCACAAGCACAGAAGUUUUUAAAUAGUGAGAUGGGACAAGUUUUAUGGUAUUUAUUUAAACAUUCUACAGUCGACUCUAUUAGAUGUACGGCCAUGACGGCAUUAUGUCGAAUAAUUUGGCAGAGUCCAGGGUUAUUUCAGAAUGUUAUUGAUACAGCUGGUUUAACUACCAUAUUAUCAUCUCUAACAUUGGGUAUAUCUCGUGUUCAACAGGCGGUUAUUACUAUGUUUGGUGCCCUGAUUGGUACAGGGCUUCAUAUUAACAGACUUCUACAGGAUAAGGAUUUCCUACAGAAGAUAAUGAGACUAUUUGAAAGUCCGUCCACGUUAAUCCGAGCCAAGGCAUUCAUGGUUUUACAUGAAUUAACUAAAUCUAGCUCAGACUUACUUCUCUCUGCUUGUAAUGCCAGAUUAGUGAUGUAUAUAGAGCGAGAUAGCAGACGACAGACGCCACGUGAUCCUAGGUCAGAUAGUCCUGAUUCCGUACAGUAUUUAAAUCAAGCUCUAGAUAAAUUUAUAAACUAUAUUACUGAUGCCUUACCUGGCAUUAUGAAGGAGGUAUUAACUGUGUUAGAAUCUGUAUCCGGACGUAAACAUCCCUCAGCCAAUCAGACGAGACAAUUAAAAUCUACACUACCGUUACUUCCAAUAGGGUUACAUCUAGUUACUAGUCAGGUAUUUAGAAGUCGAGUAGUGAAUAAAGAAUUUAUCAAAGAUCUAGGUUUAUUACUCGGCCAUGUUAAUCAAAUAGAAAAUAAAGAAACUAAUAUUGAUGCUAGUUCAGCCGCAAUUGGAACAACAGAAUUUAUUAAUACAGUCAUGUCCAUAUUGGAGGGGAUUUCCCAACAUCCUUCAUUACUAAUACAGUAUCAUCAGGUUGUCAUAGAAACUAUUUUACCCUCCUUAGCUACAUUAAUCAAAUCUCAAAAUGUUGAUACAAAAGUCCUCUCCCUCCGUCUGCUGUCAGAAAUCACAUCAGUUUAUUUAAGUCAGGAUCAAUAUGGUCACACAUCGGAAACACGAGUUGACAGUGAUAGACUCCAUCAAAUAGUCUCAAAUAAUCUUCUAUCACAAAUGGAGUCGUUACUGUUAGAUAUAGACCCCCUGCCAAGUUAUACAUUAAAGUUAUUAUUAUCAUUACUAGAACAGAGUAACAACUUUGUUAAGUUAUUUCUACAACAAGGUCUGAUGCCAGUCAUAUUUCAAGUUCUUCAGGAUCACCAGAACAAUGCAACUAGUGUCACCAUGCAGAAUAUAAUCAGUAUCUUAAACUGUUUAAUAUCUAAUAAACAGACUAAUUUAUCAGAUUUAUAUGAUCAAGGUUUAAUUGAUAAUCUAACCUCUCUAGUAUUUGAAGUAUCAACAUUAUGUUUUCUGGGAGAAGAAACAGGACAAGAUAUCAAGGCAUCUAACACCACCUUACAGAUUCUACUAGAAACAUUGUAUAAUAUAUUAAAAUAUGUCUCAGAUAUUGUACGCAAAGCUUUACAGGCCAAGAAAAGUGGAACGACAUCAGCUGGGAAGGAGGCAGAAUGGGCAGAGAAACUACUGAUGUUUAACAAACCUCUGACAGAUUUAACUUCUGUAUUAACACAACUACUAUGUUAUGAAGAUACAGAUAUCUAUGAAAUAGCUAUCAAGAGCUUAUCAUUAUUAGUACAGCUAUAUGGUGGUGAACAUAAAGAUGCUAUGUCAACUGAAAAUAUGGAGUACUACAGUAAUGCUUUGAAGAAAGCUGAUGUUAAAAAACAGAAAAUUUUACUUCGUGUUAUUAAAAGACUGGUUGGAACAGAUCCUAAACAUAGUGAGAAGAUGAAAGUAAAUGGUGAGGUAUUGGCUAAUACUAUCAAAUCUCUGGUACAAACAGCCAGUUCACAUGCUGAUGUCAGUAUGACAAGUCUAGCUGCUGAAAUCUUGAAAACAACUGGAUAUUUAUAGAAGUAUUGACUGCAAACAAAAAUGGUGGCUUCUGUUUUCAUGUGACAAUUUUAUCCAUGGAAAGUUUAUAAAUUUAAAAUAUAUCUCGGGAUACUAGAAAUAUCAAGUGUACUAGCUAGAUUUGGUUUUAAAAACAGGAACAUUCCUUUGGACAUUAAACACUAAUUCUGUCGUCAAAUAGAAAAUGACUGGAUAUUUAUUUAAAAACAACUGGAUAUUUAUUCAGAAACAACUGGAUAUUUAUUUAAAACAUCUUGAUAUUUAUUCCAAACAACUGGAUAAUUAUUCAAAAACAACUAAAUAUAUACACUGAAAACAUAGUUAUUCAAAAACAAGUGAAUAUUUAUGUGAAAACGAUUAUUUAAGCUGAAUAUUAAUUUUGAAAUCAUUUUAAUAAUUGAAAACAAAAUCAGACAUAUUUAUAUGGUCCCAGGGCAUGUCGGAUUACAGAAGUAUACUGUAGAGAGAACAUGAGUUAUUGUGAGUUGUUAUAUCAUUAUUGCGUCCAUAAUUGUUGCUUUACAGAAUUUUAAUAUAUUUAUAAAUGUUAUGUUUGGUGUGCUAUGUUACAUUAAACAUGAUGCUUGUUGCAUUACGGAGUAUGUGAAAUUCAUAUGGUAUGAGUAAAGAUAUUGCAAUGUUACAUUUGAAUUUCUUUGCUAUUUAUUGCAUUCUAAGAUUUUUCACUGUUAAUAUUGUGCCCAAUGCAUAUCAAGUACAAAGGUAUAUUGAAACGCGAGACGCACCUUUUAAGAAGUUUAAAAAUGAAGCUCUAUCCGCUGAUAUAGACAAUUAUCUUAGAUGUGUAUUACAUGUUACAUUAUCCUAUUCCAUUGUCACGUACCUCACCAUAAUAUUUGUAUAUCUAUGUAUGUC